GGGGCCGAAGACACCUGCUGAUCUGUGCACUCAGGUAGAAGCGGCAGCUCCGGGGCCUAGUGGGCAGCUCCUCAGGGCAGGGGCAGUGCAUUGGAGUCUGACCUGUCGUGCCCUCAGGACCAGCCCGGAUGUGGGCAGCAGCCCUUGGAGAAGGAAGGUGGCCAUUCAAGAGCCCCACGGCCGGUGGGGAUUAGAGCCCACGUCUUCAGGCGCACCUCCCACCCCAUCACUGCUGCCCAUCUGCAGAGGCGCCCCGAGGGCCACACGCUGUAAGCCUGGGGUCCCAGGGGUCAGGCUGCGGAGCCCCAUACGGAGGCCGGUGGGCCAGGCCUUGGUCCCAGCGCCACGUCGCUUUACCAGCACAGCCAUGAACUACGUGGGGCAGCUGGCGGAGACUUUGUUUGGGACGGUGAAGGGGCUGUACCGGGGCCUGAACCCGGCCACGCUGAGCGGGGGCAUCGAUGUGCUGGUGGUGAGGCAGGCGGACGGCUCCUUCCGGUGCUCACCCUUCCACGUGCGCUUCGGCAAGCUGGGCGUCCUGCGCUCGCGGGAGAAGGUGGUAGACAUCGAGAUCAAUGGGGAGCCAGUGGACUUGCACAUGAAGCUGGGGGACAGCGGGGAGGCCUUCUUCAUCCAGGAGCUGGAGAGCGAUGUGGAAGACAUGCCUCCCCACCUGUGCACAUCACCCAUCCCUUGGGGGGGCCUGUCUGGGUUCCCUUCGGACUCCCAGCUGGGCACAGCCAGCGAGCCUGAGGCCAGCAUCGCGGGCACAGCCUCCACGGGGUGGAAGAAGAAGCGUCGCAGGAGGAAACCCAGGCGGAAGGGGGACAUGGUGGCAGCCGAUUCUAGUUCGGAGGAGCUGGAGGCAGGCACUGGGAGUGAGCUAUCGCUGCAGGAAAAGCCGAGGCCGGAGCCCCCAGGUAGUGUCCAGCCAGAAGGAGAGUCCUCACCGCAGCCGAAAGACAUCUACCCCUACUCCGAUGGAGAGUGGCCCCUCCAGGCCAGCCUGUCAACGGGUGGGCUAACAUCCCCCAAGAGUGACUCGGAGCUGGAGCUGCGGACCCCCGAACCCGUCCCCCUGAGAGCUGAGUCCCACAUGCAGUGGGCCUGGGGGAGGCUGCCUAAGGUGGGCAAAGCUGAGUGGCCCAAGUCCUCAGUGGUCCCGGAUGGCAGCUCCAAGACAGCCUCUCCACCUCAGGGGGCGCCCAGCACCCCCUCUGCCUCUGUGGUUGGCGUGGACCCUUCGGGAAUUCCAAUCCUGCAAACAGGGCCUGGCACCCACCUUCUUCACCCUGACACGGAGUUGCCUGCUCUGGUGGGUCCCCCUCUCCAACCCCCUGAGAGAGAGGAAACCAAGACUCAGAGUUCCGGGGAUGUGGGCCUCCCUCCUCCCUCUAAGUCGUGGAGCUGGGCUGCUUUGGAGGCCCCCGCUUGCACAGGGCAGCCGGAGGGCAUCUCCAGGAGGAAAGGCUCCCUGAAGAGAAGCCAGCACCUGGGCCCCAGUGAAAUCCACCUGGAUGACUUGCCCUCCCUGGAUUCUGAGAAUGCAGCUCUUUACUUCCCCCGAAGCGACUGUGAGCUGGGGGCCAGGAAGUGGAGUGAAGCCGGAAGCCAAAAGUCUCUGGGGGACUGCAACCCUGAGCGGGAGCCAGAGCCCACUCCGGACACAGCGGACACAGUAGUGCUGUCCCUCUCUGGGGGCCUGGCUGACAGUGGAGACAUCUCUGUGGAGAAGUUCAACCAGCACAUCGUCUCCUACCAGGACCUCGCCCAAAACCCCGGCCUCCUGGACGACCCGAACCUGGUGGUGAAGAUCAACGAGAAGCAUUAUAACUGGGCUGUAGCCGCCUCCAUGAUCCUCUCCCUGCAAGCCUUCCAGAAAAACUUGCCCAAGAGCACCGUGGACAAGCUGGAGAAGGAAAAGAUGCCCCGGAAGGGAGGGCGGUGGUGGUUUUCCUGGCGAUGCAGGGACUUUCCGGCCAAGGAGUGCAGUGCCCGGAGGGAGAAAACCACAGCGCGGCAGCAGCAGCUGGGGGAGAAGACCGAAGCCCCAAGCAGUGAGAAGACCGAAGCCCCAAGCAGUGAGGACGAGGGCCCCUCCCCGCCCCUCUCGCCUCCAGCCCACACUCCUACCUACAAGAAGUCUCUCCGCCUCUCCUCCAAUCAGAUUCGGCGCCUGAACCUGCAAGAAGGUGCCAACAAGGUGGUCUUCAGCGUGACCACCCAGUACCAGGGCACCUGCCGCUGUAGGGCCACCAUCUACCUGUGGAAAUGGGACGACAGGGUGAUCAUCUCAGACAUUGAUGGCACCAUCACCAAGUCGGAUGCCCUAGGCCACAUUCUGCCCCAGCUGGGGAAAGACUGGACACAUCAGGGCAUCACUGGUCUCUACCACAAAAUCCACCUAAAUGGGUACAAGUUCCUGUACUGCUCGGCACGGGCCAUCGGCAUGGCUGACCUCACCAAGGGGUACCUGCAGUGGGUGAGCGAGCGGGGCUGUGGCCUCCCCGAGGGCCCCAUCCUGCUGUCUCCCAGCAGCCUCUUCUCCGCCCUGCACAGGGAGGUGAUUGAGAAGAAACCGGAGGUGUUCAAGAUUGCCUGCCUGAGUGACAUCCAGCAGCUCUUUCUGCCCCAGGAACAGCCCUUCUAUGCCGCCUUUGGGAACAGGCCCAAUGAUGUCACUGCCUACCGGCAGGUCGGCCUGCCUACAUCCCGCAUCUUCACAGUCAACCCCAGGGGAGAGCUCAGCCAGGAGCUCAUCAAGAAUCACAAGUCCACGUACGAACGGCUCAGUGAGGUGGCUGAACUCCUCUUCCCACCUGUGGCCCGUGGCCCCAGCACAGACUUGGCCAGCCCUGAAUACAGCAACUUCUGCUACUGGCGGGAGCCACUGGCCCCUGUGGACCUCGACAUCUUGGCCUGAACGAGCCCUGGCUACUCCCCAGAACUGUGUGUCCCAGGGCAUGGGGGUUGGAAGUUGGAGGCUGCAGGGCCAACCCACUGAAGGGGAGGAGGGGGCUGCGGGCUAGUUGUGGCCUCUCCUGUCCCCUGCCUUUGCCAGCUGAGCCAUGCUACAGGCCUCAGCGUGGCCCUGCCCUGUAGCCAUUAAGUGACUGGGUCCUUGCAGCGUUCUCCACAGCCUUGAUAUCUGUCCCUGUCACCCUGGGACCCUGCCUCAACUCCUGAUAGGACAGAGACAAGAGGGAAGCCCCUAUGAGGCUUAAGACCUGUAAGCCCAGGAAAGGGUUGGUGGCAGCCAACAAUCAGGGAAGAAAUCUUCCCCCGACCCACUUCAGGGAGCCUGGACCGUACCCUCUGAAGCUAGACCCUACAUAGCCCUGGCCCCUUCCCAUAGCUCUGGAGCCAGACAUCACUGCUCUCCCAUGCUGGUGCCCUGAUUAUCUCAGCACAUCCCAACCCCAGAUACUCUAUGGCCCCUCCAACAUCUGGGAAGGGGGGAUCCCAGGGCAGUGCCAGGGCUGAGGGGGUGUGGCUCCCACUCGGCUUAGUACACACCCAGCUACCAUCCCUGGCCCUCCCCACACCUCCGCUGAGGACACAGCCCUCCCCCAGCCUUUGCCAGUCAUUUCACUGCCCGCACAGUUGCUGAGUGAGCUCCUGCCCAAGUAGCUAUGGGCAGCAGGGCUGACACCCCACUGCAGCCUUCCCAGCUACUGCCUUUGGGGAAGAAAGUUCCUUCAGACAGGCUAAAAGCUUUAAUCCAGGCCUGCCCUCCCCCAACGGCACCAAAGUGGAGGACAGAACACCAAAUGUCAGGAACCCAGAAGGUGGGGCUGCAGGGACCUGCAAAACAGCACGGAAGGGCCCGAGCUGCUGUGGGGAAACUGAGGCUGGCAGCCUCAGCAGGGAUGGGCCUCUGGGGCGUACGCAGGCCAGACGAACGCUUGCGUCCUCAUGUUUUCAUACCUGAAUUUCUCACCACCUUGUGAACAUCCGGGCAGGGCUGGGGUUUUCCAAGGAUGUUGGAAACUAGGCCUGGAGCCCUUUCCCUCCAGCUGUGGCCUCCUGCCCAGGGUCUGGCCUCAUUCAGGCCAUGAUGUACAUGAGGGCCGCCCUUUGGAGAGAGGCCCUAACCUGGGGUGGGGGGAGAUUCUCCCCCAAGUGGGAAGGAGAGGAUCAUGUGGGGACCAGAGUACCCCAAAAACAUCUUUGGGGAGGGGAAGGAAAAGGAUAAAUUACAGUGGGAGGCGUCUCCAAACAGAUCACUUGGACGCCAUCCUUUCCUCCGGGAAUCCACUGCUGCCUAAGCCCUCACCUUGGGAGAGAAUCAAAAGGAAUAAAGAGAACUCUCCACUGAGUCCUUGUGUUUCCGUUCUGUCCUGAAGGACCUGUAGGGU